AUGGCCGCCAGUCGCUUUGGCGCCUCCAAGUUCCGCAACUCGGUCCCCUUUGUCCCGCCCAGAGAGGAAUGGUAUAGGUCCAACCUCCCGACCAGCUCGUCCAACUCAACCUCCUCUGCGACCUCUUCAUUCAGGUCUGAGUUGCAGACGAACCGACAAUCUCUUGUUACCAUCUCUCCUGCUGGAGAUCUCUCUUGGCGGGGCUAUCAUGCUGCCGGAGCGGCAGCGAAGGUGGGACACGGGAAAGUGGGGAGUGGAGGUGGAGUGGGGGAUUGGGAUUUGGGGAGAGUUGAAGGGGAUGAGAUGGCUGUGGGAGGCUCGGAUGGAUCUAUCUCCCUAUAUCGGCUUCAUCCCGACGACACUGCCCUUCCCUCGGCGGAGCACACCACACCCGCCUCGGGCUCGCCCAUUACCUCCAUCUCGCUUCACCCAACAGUCCCCUCCAUCGUACUGUCCUCCAGCGUCCCUCAAUCAGCCGCGAUAUGGGACUUCUCCUCCUCCCCCUCCGCCCCCUCCAUCGAGCUCGAAGCCAAGGAGCCCAAAGGGAUGUGGUCUGUCGCAUGGUCUCCGGACGGCCGCCUCGUAGCUGGAAUAGGCAAGAGCGGUACCGGCUACAUCUGGGAACCUCGCUCCUCCACUACACCCACGAUGACUCGUGCUCUCCCCUUACAGCCCCUCAAGCCCGCUCGAGUCGUCUGGGUCGGAGAGGACAUUUUUGUCACAUCUACCUCGCGGACCCGGAACCGGGAAUACCACCUUUUCUCCACCUCCAAAUCGCUCGGAACAGUGUUCACCCAGAACAUCGAUACCAAUACCGCGCCGCUCAUUCCUACCGUCGACCAAGAACGGCGGAUCGUCUAUCUCGCGGGGAAAGGCGAUAUGACGCUCCGCCAGGUCGAGCUGUCCGGUCCGAAUGGGUUCCAGGAGACAUUGCACUCGCUUCCAUUUGCCAUCUCCGCGGCGGGCCUGGCUCUGGCGAGUCCGACGGUCUUGCCUGUCAUGCAAGCUCAGAUCGCGACAGUCCUGGUUCCUGUGGUGGAUAAGGAUGGCGAGGCGGUGUUGCCAUUUGGGAUCAGAGUGCCUCGGAGGCAACUUAUAGACUUUCACGAGGAUUUGUAUCCCGAGAUUCGCGGUUAUUUACCUGAAAGCUCAGCACAAGAAUGGUUCGACGGACAAGAUAAAAUGCCGCUUCCUAUCUCGCUCGAUCCCGCCAAGCGUACCACAUGGGAAGCGGAGCUCGGCAAGCAGUCGGCACAGCGGUCGGCCGACAAGCCAGCAGGUACUGCCUCUUCCCAGCGAGAACCAUCUCCGCCACCGGUCAUUCAAGAAGCAGCGAAAGCGGAAAUUCCACCCGUACCUGUCGCUUCAUCCUCAGCGCCGCCUAAAACUGCAGAGUCCGCUCCGGAACAGCCAUCACUCGACGUACCCGCUCUCCAGGGAGAUGAAACAUACUCGUCUACCGCGUAUAAGGCCCGCCUGAUCGCUCAGCAUAUCAAAGGCGAUCUCGAGAGGCAUCGAAAGUCGGGGGCAAAGGAGCCGAUGUUUGUUGGGCUGCAGGGUCCCCAAGGGUGUGGCAAGACCACUCUCUGCGAUGGCUUUGUUGCCUAUCUCAGCGAGAAGCUAGGGAUCAAGGCAGCUGUCCUAUCGUUGGACGAUCUGUACCACACGAAUGCCAACCUCAAAGCGGUAGCCGCCAAACACCCCAACAACCACCUGCUCUCAGGUCGCGGACCACCUGGAACGCACGACACCGAUCUCGCCCAAUCCGUCCUCACCUCCGUCAAAGCCAUCAACGACUCAUCCGCGACUGUCGACCUACCCAUCUUUGACAAGUCCCUCGUCAAUGGCGAAGGCGAUCGCAGCUCCCGCGUCAUCACCAUCUCCGGCCCCAUCGACGUCUUCAUCCUCGAAGGGUGGUCUAUGGGUUUCGCACCUCUCUCCUCUGACCGCCUGAAGGAGCGCUACGCCUCCGCUCCGUCCGACGCGUACUUUGCCGCCCAUUCCCUCGAGGCUCUGACGGAGCUCAACGACUACCUCACCACCUUUUCGUCGGCCGUUUAUCCAUUUUUCAGCACGCUCAUCACGGUCGUCCCGACGUCGUAUGAACAUGUCUUCGCGUGGCGGCUGCAGCAAGAGCACGCGAUGAAGGCGGCGAAUGGCGGUAAGGGGAUGACGGACGAGGGGGUGAGGAAGUUCGUGGAGCGAUAUAUGCCGGGAUAUGAGUUGUGGAGAGAAGGGAUUUGGGAGAGGGGUUGGAGCGGGCUGGAACUGAAGUAUGGGAGGGAAAGGGAGGUGCUGGCUGUGGAGAAGCAAGAGGGGAAGGCUUCGGCUCGACCGGCCAGCCAGGCUGCUAUGCAGGCGCCGGCGCCGGACCAGGUCGAGAAACCUGUCGCCAAGGCGUCCCAGCCGGCAGCAUCGUCAGCCAUUUCAGCCCCUUCUCCACAGGCACCUGAAACCCGUCCGCCCUCACCAAAGUCGGAACCGAAAGCCCCGGUUGCGUCUGCCAAGCCCGCCCCAUCCACCUCGACCACCCCAAGCGCUCCCUUCAACCCCACCUACUCUCGCAAAUUCAUCUCUGCCAAAGCUCCCCUAAUCCCCUCCUACGACGCCCUGCCUCCUCUCGCGACCCUCCAUCCCGACUCGCUCAUCCUCAAAGCUACCCGCCACCUCGCCUUCUUCCCUAUCCAAGGCACCGGCGGACGACUCGGCGUGCACCCCUUGGCCAAGAAAGGGCGGAUGCCGAAUGGCGGCCAGGGGUAUCUGAGCGGCGGGGUCGAGAUUGCGGACUUUGCGGUGGAGCCGUUCGAGAGAGCGGAAGGGGCGAGGGUGGCUGUUGCGGGCGAGGAUGGGGCCAUUAGGGUAUGGACGGUUGGGAAGGACGGUGUAGAAGGGCCUGGACCGGAGCCUGAGCUGAGUCUGAAAGGUCAUGGCAUCGACAAGAUCGUCCAGCUUGCGUUCCAUCCCACAGCGAAAGACCUCCUCGUCGCUGCGACCAACGACCACACCUCCGCAUCACUGCGCUUCUUCGACCUAUCCUCUGGCUCAGAAUCCCGCGUCGUACCCGUUGACACCAAAGGCAUCUUCAACUUUUCCAUCUCCCCGGACGGCGCCCUCUUCGCCAUUGCCUCCAAAGACGGGCAGGUCGUCGUCCUUGACCCGCGCAAACCAGACUCGCAGCGCUGCGGCAAAGCACACGACAGUCCCCGGUCGUUCCAGCUCGCCUGGAUCUCCCCGACCCACCUCGUCUCCGUCGGUUUCAAUCGGGGCUCUCAGCGCCGUAUCAACCUUUACAGCACCACAUCUUCGUCCGUCGAGACCGUGCACUCGAUGAUGAUUGACAUCUCCCCCUCGGUGCUCUUCCCAUCUUACGACCCGGAUACCCGCAUACUCUACGUGUGGGGUAAAGGCGAGCGCGCCAUCUCGGCAUACGAAGUCAACCUCGAUAACAAGACUGAGCCGAUAUCAAAGUUGCCGACGUAUACGGCUGGAGAAGCGCAGAUGGGGGUGGCGUUCAAAGGCAAGUCGGAGGUGGAUGUGCGGAAGGUGGAGGUUAUGCGGGCGCUGAGGAUGACGGGGAAGACGAUUGAUGAGGUCACGUUUUCGAUACCGAGGAAUAAGCCCGAUUUCUUCCAGGAUGACAUCUACGUCGAUACGGUCGACACGGAGCAGGCGGUGUCUACGGCAGAAGAGUGGUUGGGCGGGAAGGAUGCCGCCUUACCCUACAAAAGCCUCAAACCUGAUGGCAUGACACCACUAUCGCAAGCGCCCAAAACGACCACAGCGGCCAAAGCUAAAUUUGUGCCCGGAAAAGAUGUCCUUUCCGAGGAAGAAAAGAAGCGACGCGAGAUGGACGCGCUGUUUAACAAGGCCAAAGCGGACGAGAGCUCGGAUGACGAAGCGCCGAUCAAGGGACUGGCGCCGCCUGAUGAUGACUGGUAG